UCCCUCUACCCACGAAAUUCCCUUGGGCCGUAGCAGGACUCCCACUAGCAGGAAACUAUAUAUACACUCCCUUUCCGAGAAACCCUAAACCCAAAAGCGCUCUGUGUCGACUUCCUCCUCCUCUCUCAAUUUGAUCGCAUUCUCCUUGCUUUCUUACUAACCCUAGUUUGCCUUAACAAUGACAACUCCAAGAGGUCGUAGUGGUGCUGUUCGUGUUGCCCACAGAGGCCUUGCUGCACCUUCUGGUGUCCGCAGAGGACCGCCUCCUGGUGUCCGCAGAGGACCGCCUCCUGGUGUCCGCAGAGUACCCCCUCCUGGUGUCCGCAGAGUACCCCCUCCUGGUGUCCGCAGAAGACCACCUGGUGACUUCAGAAGACCACCCCCUGGUGACUUCAGAAGACCACAUCCUGGUGACCGCAGAAGACGGCCAGCACCUGGUGGAGGUGGAAACAAAGGAAUUAUCACCCCAUAUGGUGUGCAUGAAGGGGUUUUCAAACAUACGUCUAUUAAAGGCGAUGCUCUCGUCACUAAAAACAUGGUCCCUGGUGAAUCUGUUUAUAAUGAGAAGUGCAUCUCCGUUCAGAAUGAAGAUGGAACCAAGGUGGAAUAUAGGGUUUGGAACCCCUUUCGUUCAAAGCUGGGAGCUGCAAUCUUGGCGGGCAUUGACAUCAUUGGGAUUAAACCUGGAGCUCGAGUUCUCUACCUAGGAGCUGCUUCAGGAACCUCUGUUUCUCAUGUAUCCGACAUCGUUGGACCUACUGGAGUGGUGUAUGCGGUCGAAUUUUCCCCUAGGAGUGGUAGGGACUUGGUAAACAUGGCAAAGAAGAGAACUAAUGUCAUACCAAUCAUCGAAGACGCAAGACACCCAGCAAGAUAUCGGAUGCUUGUCAGCGUGGUAGAUGUCAUAUUUACAGAUGUUGCUCAGCCUGAUCAGGCAAGGAUUUUAGGUUUGAAUGCAAAAUAUUUCCUCAAAGUAGGAGGUUGUUGUUUGAUGUCAAUCAAGGCAAAUUGCAUAGACUCCACUCUACCUGCUGAGAAAGUUUAUGAACUUGAAGUGGAAAGAAUGACGGCAGAACAGGUGAAGCCUAAACAAAGGGUGACACUUGAGCCAUUUGAACGAGACCAUGCUUGCGUAGUUGGUGGCUACCGAAUGCCAAUCAAGAUACAAAAAUAAACUCUCUGAUGUUGGUGCAUACUUGUAUGCCUGAAGAUUGCCUCUCUUUUGAGAUUCAGCUUUGAUAGAAGAUUCUUUUGAUUUCAAAAUCCUCAAUUAUUAAGACUUACUGGAAUAAUUAUAGUACUGUGAGUUAAAUUUAUGCAAGUUCUUGCAAAUGGGAUAUUUGAUAAUUGUUUGGUUUAAUGUCAGUGGAGAUUAUUUGUUUGUUUUUAA